CAAUGAGUAAAAAGGACCUUGAAAUCACAGUUGGAUGUAUAAUAAUAGUAUUAAAAAUAUAAUAGAAAUCAGAAAGGCAAUCCCUCAACAUUUAUUUUAAAAGAAUGAGUUUCGUUUCUUAGUUUCUGUAGGUUAAGCUGUUAGUUGCACAUUAUUACUAACAUAUUUAGCUUAUAAUUAUAUCCCUUUGACUUGGUUGGCUCUACCAAUUUGGGUGGCAUAUGCUUUUCUAACAGGAACUGUGGCUACAGGAAUAUGUAAGAUGAUUAAUAAAAUUUAGGGGUUCUUGGUCAUGAAUGUGGACAUUUUGCAUUCUCUGAUAUUAGAUGGUUAAAUGAUGUUUUAGGUUUCAUAUUACAUGAAGCAUUGUUAGUACCUUAUUAUUCAUGGUAACAUUCUCAUGCUCUUCAUCAUGCAAAGACCAAUCAUUUGACAGAAGGUGAAACACAUAAUCCAGUUAUUAUUGAUUCAAAGAUGGGAAAAAUAUAUUAAAAAAUGAAAGAUAUUUUGGGAGUGGAAUCUUUUGCUUGUGUUUAGAUCUUUAAUAUAGCAGUUUUGGGAUGGCCUCUUUAUCUUUUACUUGGUGUAACAGGAGGAUCAGCAAGAGGAUUCACUAGUCAUUUUAUAGUACCCAAUAAAUUAUUCCCACCCAAAAUGUUAGUCAAAGUUACUGCAUCAAAUCUUGGAUUAUGUUUAGUUAUUUAUGGACUUUAUAAAUGGUAUUAAGCAACCUCAUUUGCUGAAGUUAUGGCUUUAUAUAUUGGUCCUUAUUUAGUAGUCAAUAUGUGGUUGACUAUUAUCACUUUCUUAUAACACACUGAUAUUGAUGUUCCUCAUUUUGAUGAAACUGCUUGGACAUGGUUAAAAGGUAUAUUAAUAUAAUUAUUUUAGGUGCUUUAUGUACAAUUGAUAGAAAUUAUCCUCUUUGGAUUGAUGCUUUACAUUUCGAAAUUGGUACUACUCAUGUUGUUCAUCAUGUAUUUUCUGAAUUACCUCAUUAUAAUGCUAGAGUAUAUUAUCCAUUAUAUCAUUUUUAGGAAGCUAAUGUCUAUGUAAAAUAAGUUAUUGGCGAUUUGUACAAUUAAGAUGCCAAAAAUUUGUGGACAUCCCUCUAUAAUUCUGCCAGUCUUGUUGGAGUGGAACACAAAGGAAAUGGUGUCUGGAAAUUCGCUAAGGCUUGAUU